AUGGCAAAUAUGCAAGAUUCAUCUCCGCUAAUCUUAUAUAUAUAUUACAGGGAAUUCAAUUCUUUCAGUCACUCCCGAAAAGCCAAGGCAAACUGCUCCAUUAAUCUACUAGAGAAAAUGAUCAUAUUUGAUCCACAAGGCCGAGUGUCAGCGUCUGGAGCUCUAGCUUGCGCAUUUCUAGCCCCUUAUCAAGAUCCAACAGAUGAACCAGAGGCUGACAGGAGAAUUGAUUGGGCAUUCGAUCGAGCAAAUUAUUCAAUUGAUACCUGGAAAAGCAGAUUGCACGCCGAAGUACUCGAUUAUCACAAAGAAGCGGAAAUGAAAGAGACUAUCAACCGAUGGCUUGGUGAUGAGAGAAUGGAAUGCUUUACAGUUACCACUCAACAAGGCCUAAACGAUUGA